CGUGAAACGAAAUCUGGUAUUGAGAUAGAGGAUAAAUUUCUGGUAUCGACGCGUUUUUUCGACUGUGAAAACGCCUUGCCGUCGGCAUAUACGAGAAUAUUACCGUCCGACUAUCAAAUCAGUCCUCAACACCCACUUCCCGACCCCGGCAUCUUCCGUCACCACUCUCCCUUCGUGGAGAAGGCAGUGAGCUCCAUGUCUAUGCAAUAGCGCAGUUCCCUUUUCAGGUUCAAUGGCGUGUUCCUCGCCCUGGGUGUGCUUUGUUGCUUCGGUGUAGAACACCGUUUCCCCUCCGCGAACCCCAUCGCUCCUCCCAGUGAGGUAUAUCAAUAGCGUCCAUGUGGUCUGAACUCUCACCUGCGGAUCACCGAUUGAGAACGAGGCCGUAUCAUCAUCUGUCAAGCACUUAAUACUAUCUCUACCCCACGGAAGCCGUGGAUAGGGGAAUUACAGUGUUUAUCGAAGAACUGGCCUUUAGAGUAUCUAUAAACUCUGAUAUUUGGGCUAAGUCCUAUGACUUCCCCGCCCCACAAUUCCUUCCCACCAUCCUCACCGGCUUCCCGUGCCACAAGAUCCUUCAAUCCCGUUUCGUUCCACAAACGCUCCGCAAAGCCCAGGUCGUAUAUUGAGAUGCGGUCAUUCACACGCAACGCUUCACCACGUUUCGGCUUGCCGGGCGUUGUGGUCAAAUCGAGGGAUUGGGAAACGAAAUUGUGGUAUAUUCUGCAGAGUGCCGCGGUGAAGAAUUUGGGGAUUGUAAGGAUUUGCAUGGGUAGGAUUGUUUCCACCGUUAGGUCCUCAGACGGGAUUACCGGAGUAAGGGGUGGCCAUGAUGGCGGUGGUGGUGGUGAAUAUCGCUCUCGGGUCGGGACCUCCUUCUUCCUCGCGGGACCUUUCUUGGGCAUUCUCAGAGUUUUUUACUCGAGGAUCUCUGGGUCGCUUAGCUAGAUAGAUGGGUAUGUGGCAUCAGCUUAGGUGUUCCGUGGAAUUUAGGGAUGGAGAAGUAACCUUCUAUGGUGCUUGAGUACCGUACCGGUAUUGUGGUCUCCUGGAUAGUUAGUUCUGUGCGGGAGAGGCAGGGAGUUUGUACGGUAUACGAGUACUCAAAUACCAAGGCACCUGGUGGGCACCGGUAUGAGGAGGCUUGGGACUCUGCUGGAGCACCAUAUGAGUACUCGUACAGUAGGAUUGUGCACGUCCCUAACUAUGGCUACUAACCCGGGCCUGUGGCGCCAAGUCGAUGUUUAAGCCGCCAUUAGUCAGCAAGGCCCCACCAAAACCAAGCUUCGUCACCCGUCGAUUCAUUCCCUGUCCCGAUUAAGCACCCAUCACUCUCUCUUUCCUAAUUUCCCGCUCCUCGCUUCACCAAAGACCACAAUACCAACAACCCCACACACUCGCUAUAAAGCUUCGGCUCCGUGGUUUCGGAUUUCACGACCAAAUCUCCUUUUCAAAGCAAAAAUGUGGAGCUGGUUCGGCGGCGGUGCCGCAAACAAGAAGGACUCUGCCAAGGAUGCUAUUCUCAAGUUACGGGAGCAGUUGGAGAUGCUGCAAAAGAAGGAGAAGCAUCUUGAAGGGGAGAUUGCACAGCAAGAAGCCACCGCCCGAAAGAUGGCCCAGACUAAUAAAAAUGGUUCGUGUUAACUCCCUACCAUCUUAUCUACCUACCUUAGACAUCCUAUAGCCUCGCACAUUCUCGUCUAGCACAGCAAGCGGGUUGCUGCUGGAUGUACGGUGUGCCUGUGCUUCCAAAUCUACCCUGAAGCGAUCGUGUCUUGUCGUUAUUUCGGCUAAUUCUCUCACCUAUGAUAUAGCCGCCAUGACUGCAUUAAGACGCAAGAAGACACACGAGACCCACCUUGCUUCAACCGUUGCUCAGAUCAAUACCAUUGAGCAGCAGAUGCACUCUAUUGAGACGGCGAACCUGAAUUAUGAGACCCUGAAGGUCAUGCAAUCCGCUAGUGAUGCUAUGAAGAAAAUCCAUGGCGGCAUGAACCUGGAUAAGGUCGACAUGACUAUGUACGUGACUAUUUUUCUUAGCAUAGAUUCAAUACACCGAUUAAGUGUAGCACCGAGCGAGGUGUUGGGGCGAAACCUCAAAGGGUAGACGAAUCCUGGUCCAGCUCGGCCUGGUACCCUUCAGGCCGAUCUGGAUUUUGGUUCUUUUGAGGGCUGUCCUCACCCUUGUUUUUGAUACACAAAGCUUGGGCUAGGGAAUCUUGUUGUGCUUGAAAAAAACAAAACAGAAUACUAACGGGCUACGUUAUAGGGAGGAAAUCAGAGAACAGCAAAUGAUUGCCGAGGAAAUCGGCAACGCAAUUGUUCAGAUGGGCGAGCCCACCGACGAGUCUGAGUUAUUGAAAGAACUAGACAAUAUCAAGCAAGAACAGCUAGAUACUCAAAUGCUCAGUGCCCCAUCUGCUCCGGUUACCGCAACGCCCCAAGCCGGUAAGCUUUAUUUCCCACCUUCUUACCUACAUACUACGGAAUAUGUCGCUAACAGGUAUUUAGUCAAGGGGAAAACAAUCGAGGAGGACGAAGAUGCAGAAUUGAUGAAGUUGCGAGCGGAAAUGGCAAUGUAAUAAGCAAUUGGAUGAUCGUCGGGGUAUGGGAAUCUAGGUUAGGGAUGUGGGAAGUUUAGAUUUUGUGUUUGUUUUUUUCCUAAUGUUUUUCAACAGACCGUUUUGCAGAAGAUCAAUUUUCGGGUGCUGCUGGCAUAGUCAUUUUCCCCCCCAUCAACUGUUUCCUAGGAUUCUCUUUUCCUUGAUGUUCGGGGGAAGCCUGUCGGGUCAGCAACGGUAAGCACAGGCCUUGGGACAAUGACUGCGGGUGUACACACUAUCUCCAUGUUUGUGUUUCCUUGAUUGUGGCGUCCAGAUAUUUUGUGGAUAACCUCCUUUUCUCUCUCAACCCUGCUCCCCUUCCGCUAGCCCUUCUCAGCAUUUAUUACGGUUCUGCCGUUUCCCCCUUUCUGUUAUUUCUUUCGGUUCCUUUGCGGGUAACUCGGUGGUUUGGUUUGGCUUUGGGAGCAAGUGGAGUGUAUUGUUUCUUCUUUCCUUUUCACGUUGUGUGGGCAUUUGUACUCAGAUUUUCAAACAGCUAUACUUUGACAACAGAUCUGGUGGCUUUGAACAAGAAUACGGAAUACAAGAAGUUAUUACGGCCGUAC